UUUACCGCUUAGAAAUUCAGCUGGAUUUGAUACAAAUAUUUUCUAUGCUGAGAUUUUUUCAAGGAUACUCAUCUUUUCGGAUCUAUGCGUUGCUGACAUUCGAUGGAAGUAUGUCUUUACCGAACAGAAGGAGCUCUAUUGUGACGUAUGUAGUGCUUGUGUUGCUGGAGUGUUACGGGGAAGCGGUGUGCGGGCAGCUCUCCUAUUCCGUCUCGGAGGAGGUAAACCCAGGGACUUCUGUGGGAAAUAUCGCUAAGGAUCUAAACCUCAAUGUCCAGGAUUUGGAGUCGCGUAUGUUUCAGAUUGUCACCGGGUCCAAGAGAAAGUAUUUCGAGGUAAAUCUGAAGACUGGUGUUCUCUAUGUGAAUGAGAGAAUUGACAGAGAAGAGCUUUGUGUGAAGGCUCAGAAAUGUACAGUCAGUGUAGAGGCCGUUAUAAACAGUCCUUUGAAGCUUUACGGUCUAGAAAUAACAAUUUUAGAUGUUAAUGAUAAUGCUCCGUAUUUUGCUGAAAAGUCACAAAGUAUGGACAUUGCUGAGAGUACAUUACCGGGAGCGAAAUUCUCUCUUUUAGAAGCGUCUGAUGGCGAUGUUGGAAAGAAUACUGUUAGCACAUACAAGCUUAGUCCUAAUGAAUAUUUCUCUCUUGAUAUUCACAGAGGAGAGAGUGUGUCUGCUGAGUUAGUGCUGCAGACAGCUUUAGACCGAGAGAAGCAGCCCGUUAUUCAGCUCACACUGACCGCUAUUGAUGGAGGAAAUCCACCGAGGUCUGGCACGACAGAAAUAAAAAUAAAUGUUUUAGAUAAUAAUGAUAACCGUCCUAUAUUCAGUAGCUCUUUGUAUAAGACUCGUGUUUUCGAGAACGUGCCCAUAGGAACAACAGUAAUACAUGUGAAUGCAAAUGAUAUCGAUGAGGGCACAAACAGUGAAAUAGUGUACUCUCUUAGAACUAAAGGCCAAGAUCAUAUAUUAGAGAGAUUUCAAAUCGAUUCUAAAACGGGAACAAUCACAGUUAAAGACGCGGUUGAUUUUGAGGAAAGUCCUGCUUUUGAGAUUCAUGUGCAGGCGAGUGACAGAGGCCAGCCCCCGAUGGCAGCUCACUGUAAAGUGUUGGUAGAGGUGGUGGACCUCAACGACAAUGCCCCUGAGCUCACUGUGACGUCACUCUUAGACACAGUGAAGGAGAACGCCAAGAUGGGCACUGCUAUUGCUCUCGUGUCCGUCCUCGACAGAGAUGGUGGAAAAAAUGGAGCGGUUCAAUGUGAGGUCAAGAAUAAGGUCCCUUUUAAAUUAGAGACAAACUACAAAAACUAUUAUUCGUUAGUGGUUGAUGGGCCUCUUGACAGAGAAAGCGAUUCUCAGUAUAAUGUUACCGUCAUAGCUACGGAUGAAGGGACCCCGCCUCUCUCCAGCACCAGCGUUAUUACUGUACACGUCUCUGAUGUAAAUGACAACGCUCCUCACUUCUCAGAACCCGUGAUUAAUAUUUACGUUAAAGAGAACGGUCCAGUAGAUGUCAUUAAAACCGUGUCUGCACUUGAUUCUGACGUCAAUGAAAAUGGCCAAGUGACCUACUCAUUAUUAGAGAGUAGCAGCAAAUUACCACCUCUGUCUACAAUGGUUAAUGUAAACUCAGAUACUGGAGAUAUAAUCAGUCUGCAGUCUUUUAACUAUGAGGAGAUCAAAACUUUCCAGUUCAAAGUUCAGGCCACAGACGCUGGUGAUCCUCCACUCAGCAGCAACGUGACUGUGAACGUUUUUAUCCUGGAUGAGAAUGACAACAGUCCUGGGAUUCUCGCACCCUAUUCUGAGCACGGUUCCGUUAACACUGAGAACGUUCCCUAUUCUGCUGAAGCGGGCUACUUUGUGGCCAAGAUCAGGGCUGUAGACGCCGACUCUGGCUACAAUGCGCUGCUUUCUUAUCACAUCUCUGAGCCCAAGGGAACCAACCUCUUCCGAAUCGGAACCAGCACCGGGGAACUGAGGACUAAGAGGAGAAUGAGUGACAAUGACCUGAAAACUCACCCGUUGGUCGUGUUGGUUUCUGAUAACGGAGAACCCUCACUGUCAGCGACUGUAUCUAUUGAUGUAGUGGUGGUUGAAAGUACAGGUGAAACCCAGACUCAAUUCAGAAAUGUGCCGAGAAAGGAGGAGAACUUCUCUGAUCUAAACCUGUAUUUGUUGAUCGCCAUUGCCUCGGUGUCAGUGAUAUUUUUACUGAGCCUCAUCAGUUUAAUAGCUGUAAAAUGCCACAGGACAGAAGACAGUUUCAGAAGGUACAGCGCCCCAAUGAUCACCACACACCCUGACGGAAGCUGGUCUUACUCUAAAUCUACUCAGCAGUAUGACGUGUGUUUCAGCUCAGACACACUGAAGAGUGACGUAGUGGUUUUCCCCGCUCCGUAUCCACCUGCAGAUGCAGAACUGAUCAGUAUUAACGGAAAUGACACGUUUAACAGGACUCAGACAUUACCCAACAAAGAGGAGGUAAGAUAA